AUGGUUCAUGGGGAGAAGGUAUUUCCUUUAGCUUGGGUCUUUAUGCACGGACGAACGGAACAAGUAUACGACUCCAUUUUUAAAAUAAUAUUUAAAGAUUUUGAAAAUUAUAAAAAAAAUGUAAUGUGUGAUUAUGAGCAAGCUAUGAGGAAUUCUAUAAUCAAAUGUUUGCAGGAAGCAGUGCUCAAAGGGUGUUAUUUUCAUCAUGUUCAAGCAAUCCAAAAAGCAUCUCAGGAACUAGGCUUGUGGAAGAAGAUUAAAAAUGAUCAUACGGCGAGGAUGCAUUUGAGACUGUUAAUGGCAGUAGCGACAUUACCCUCAAAUGAAAUGAAAAAAGGAUACGAGUGUGUUAAAAGUUCACUACCACAAAAAUACGCCAACGAUUUUAAAUGUAUUUUUCAAUACUAUCGUAAGAAUUGGCUUUUAAGACGUGAUCCGGAGGAAGUAUCAGUUUGGAAACUAUUCCAAAACACAAAUAAUUAUUGUGAAUCAUACCAUGCAUGGUUAGCUUCUUUCUUAAGAAGACGACCCAAGCCAUGGAAGUUGAUUGCUCUCUUAUUGGAAAAAAUGUCCGAUUCGGAACGUAAAUGGAACUCAAUUCAAUCAGGAGUUGACCCUAGCCGAAGAACAACCAAAACUCUAAUUUCAAAAGGUAGAAUGAACGAAGCUAGCGAAAAAUACAAGAUGAAUCUCAUUUCGAUGAGUUUCUAUUUGAAGCAAAUGAGCUGUGAAUUAAAGAAACGAAAAUCUGACUUCGAGGCUCCUAGUGACGAUUCAUCUUCAGAAGCUGAGGAUCGUGACCAUGAAGAUGAAGAUGAACAUCCUAUGGUAGACAAUACUCCUAUUGAUGAAAUCUCGCAUAAAAUUAGAAGGGAUAUUAAAAUUCUGUCGAAUGAAGUCAUCUCUAAACCCGGUAAUUUAUUAAACUUCGUAAAUAAUAAAGAACAAACAGUAAGAGAUGGGUCAUUCCAUUUCAAAUCAACCAAUAGUUAG